AUGACCAAGAACAGUAGGACCAACGACGGCAGAACCAACAACCGCAGGACCAACAACAGCAGGACCAACAACAGCAGGACCAAGAACAGAAGGACCAACGACGGCAGGACCAACGACGGCAGGACCAACAACAGCAGGACCAACAACAGCAGGACCAAAAACCGCAGGACCAACAACCGCAGGCCCAACGACGGCAGGACCAACAACAGCAGGACCAACAACAGCAGGACCAACAACCAUAGGUCCAACUAUCGCAGAAUCAACCACUGCAUCCACUUGUUGGGGAGAACCUGCCGCAAUAGGCUCAUUGAUUUGGAAAAACAACUCAAUCUGUCUCUGACCGAAGGUGGAGAGGUGCUAUUUAACAAAACACAAGAAUUAGCAUUGUUGGUCAAUGUGACCGCAGCAGACCUUAAUGCAUCGGUACCCUGUCCAGAUGAUGAGUAUGAGGAGGUGUUAAAUAACAUGACGGUUAAGAACCAGGAAUUGAGUGUUAUCCGUGAUACGAUAGCAACCCUGCCACCUGCUGCAAAAAGGUGUCGGGGCAAUAGUAUUCCUGGUCUAGAUGAAGAACCAGUUCGUACAACUGUGAGAACAUCAACAGUAUCAGCUACAGAAACAUCAAACACCAGACCAUCAUCAACUACAGCAAGUGCAGGACAAACAAGUUCAGAAUCAUCAACUGGAGGACCAUCCACUUCUGGAUCUCCAGCUAAUACAACAACCGCAGGACCAACAACAGCAGGACCAACGACGGCAGGACCAACAACCGCAGGACCAACAACAGUAGGACCAACAACAGCAGGACCAACAACAGCAGGACCAACGACGGCAGGACCAACGACGGCAGGACCAACGACGGCAGGACCAACAACCGCAGGACCAACGACGGCAGGACCAACAACCAUCGCAGGAUCAACCAUUGGAUCCACUGCUAUUUCAGAUAACUGGUUAACUGAUGGAUCAACUAAAGGAUCUACCGAUGAAUCAAAUGGUGGAUCUACUGAUGGAUCAAAUGACGGAUCUACUGAUGGAUCAAAUGGUGGAUCUACUGAUGGAUCAAAUGGUGGAUCUACUGAUGGAUCAAAUGGUGGAUCUACUGAUGGAUCAAAUGGUGGAUCUACUGAUGGGUCAAAUGGUGGAUCUACUGAUGGAUCAAAUGGUGGAUCUACUGAUGGAUCAAAUGAUGGAUCUACUGAUGGGUCAAAUAACGGAUCUACUGAUGGAUCAAAUGAUGGAUCAAAUGACGGAUCUACUGAUGGAUCAAAUGAUGGAUCUACUGAUGGAUCAAAUGACGGAUCUACAGAUGGAUCAAAUGACGGAUCUACUGAUGGGUCAAAUGACGGAUCUACUGAUGGAUCAAAUGGUGGAUCUACUGAUGGAUCAAAUGACGGAUCUACUGAUGGAUCAAAUGGUGGAUCUACUGAUGGAUCAAAUGACGGAUCUACUGAUGGAUCAAAUGAUGGAUCUACUGAUGGAUCAAAUGAUGGAUCUACUGAUGGAUCAAAUGAUGGAUCUACUGAUGGAUCAAAUGAUGGAUCUACUGAUGGCCCAACUGAUGAGUCAACUGACGGGUUUACUGAAGGAUCUACUGACAGUUCAACUUAGUCAACUGAUGGUCUGUAAAGGUGUAGGUUCCAUCGCUGGCUCAGCUCCCAAAGUAAUAGGGCAGAUUAUUGUCUUUUCCCAUCACAUGAAACCAUUUAUCCACAUAUUCAUAUAAUGAAAAUAGUAAAAGUAGAAAAGUGAACUUUGUCGAGUUCCCUUUACUAAUUGGUUAAGAAGAUUAAGAAACUGUGAAAUUUCAGUUAUGUAUACUGCACACUAUUAGGCAAGCUAAGAUAUUCUAAAAUAUUUUGUGAAUAAAUUAAUAUCCGCAU